AUGAGUUGUGUAACUGUUCAUGUUCAAGGCAGAGACCUCACAUCUGGCACUAUCCUCCAUGGUUCUGUGCAUCUGGUUGAUCUUGCAGGAAGUGAGAGAGUAGACAAAUCUGAAGUGACUGGUGACAGACUAAAGGAGGCUCAGCACAUCAACAAGUCCCUCUCGGCUCUUGGAGAUGUCAUCUCCUCGCUUUCCCAGAAGACUUCUCAUGUGCCUUACAGAAACAAUAAACUCACUCAGCUUCUGCAGGACUCCCUCGGAGGAUUAGCCAAGACGCUUAUGCUUGUCCACAUAAGUCCAGAAGCUGACACUCUCGGAGAAACUAUUAGUACUCUGAAGUUUGCUGAACAAGUGGGAAGUGUUGAGCUAGGCGCUGCUCGUGUGAACAAAGAUAACUCAGAGGUUAAGGAGCUUAAAGAACAACUUGCUAAUCUUAAGAUGGCUCUAGUGAGGAAAGGAAAUGGUAAUGAUGUACAACCAACCUCUAUACCAAUCAACCGUGAGAGAAUAUCGAGAAGGAUAUCACUUGAAACUCCUACUAUUCGACCCAAAUUACCUAUUAUGGGAAACACAUCAAGCAACAGUAAGCCCCAGAUCAUGGAUCUAAGUGGAUCAGAGGCUUUUAGCGAUUCUACUGCAUCUGCAAGAAGGCACAUCUUAGAUAUCCAUGAGCUUAUGAAAUCUUCUUCUCCGGCUUGGCCAAGGCAAUUACUCGAAGAUAGAGAAUCUAAGUCAGGGGAGUGGAUCGAUAAGCACGAAGAACAAAUUCAAGAUCAUAAUCCGAAUUUUGCUGAGCAGUUUUACCAGUCAAUGGUCCCUCAACAACAUUCCCUAAAUGGUGGGAAACAAGAUUUCGAAGUGCAGAGUAUUACGGAUAACGAAUCUGAUGAAGCCACAGCAAGCGAUUGCUCAGAUUCCGAUUUGCUGUGGCGAUUGAGCGUUCAAGUGAAUGUUCCCAGAGUUUCGAAUGUCCAAAACUCAUCAAACCCCAAACCAAAUAAAAUUCAGCCAAGAACUGCUAAACUCUCAGAAACUAGAAGCUUGAUUCCAUCGCUGAUCCCAGCACCAAGCAAGAGACUUCCUAAUUCGCAGCCGCAGCGACCAACCUGA